CUUCGCCGCCGCCCACGUGCUCGCCUUCGCGCCCGGCCCCGCCUGGCCCCGGCCUCCGCCUCCGCCUCCGCCUCCGCCUCCGCCUCGGCCUCGGCCCGCAGAGCUCGCCCCCACCCCACCCGCAAUGUCCGAGUCCAAGAACGGCCUCCCCUGCCCCCCCGAGUAUGCUUCGUUUUUCGCCGUCAUGGGCGCCUCAGCCGCCAUGGUCUUCAGCUCGCCUCGCGCUGCCUACGGCACGGUCGAGAGCGGUGCCGGCAUCGCGGCUAUGUCUGUCAUGCGGCCAGAGCUGAUCAUAAAGUCCAUCAUCCCGGCGGUCAUGGCUGGCAUCAUCGCCAUCUAUGGCCUGGUGGUGACAGUCCUCAUCGCCAACUCCCCGAAUGACGGCAUCAGCCUCUACAGGAGCUGCCUCCAGCUAGGCGCCGGCCGGAGCGUGGGCCUGAGCGGCCUGGCAGCCGGCUUUGCCAUCGACAUCGCGGGGGACGCCGGUGUGCGAGCCACGGCCCAGCAGCCGCGACUAUUCAUGGCCAUGAUCCUGACCCUCAUCUUCCCCGAGGUGCUCGGCCUCUACGGUCCCGUCGUCGCCCUCAUCCUCUCCACAGAGUGGCCCCUCUCCGAGCCCACCAGCCACAGAAUAUGAUGUAAAAACCACCCCUCCUCAUUCCAGAACGAAGAGCCUGACACACACGCACGGGGCCGCGGCCCCCAGUAGUUGAUCUUGUACAUGCGCAGCGUCCUAGCGCCCGUUGUCUGUUGCCCUGGCCUUGCCCCCACCCCCGCCCCCGCCGCCCCGUGCCGUGGACAUCUGGGUCCACUCAUCGCCCCUCCAGGCCCCCGGCGCCCCACCCCCUAGAGUGCUCUGUGUAUGCGGAUGACUUAGAGUUGUCAUUUCUCUUCACUGGAUGUUUAUUUAUACAGAUCUGGCCUGUUCCCGCGUCUUCGGAGAGGCCCUGGUCUCCCAGCUAUCUAUAACCUUAGCUAGAGUGUGGCCUUGUGGGUUCCUGUUGCUGAGACUUCCUGGAUGGAGCUGCCCUCGCCACUGGGCCCUUGGCCCUGCACGGAGCUCUGUCCAAUAAAGUUCUCGGAUUUGGGGGAAAAAAAAGAAAUAACCAUUAA